AUGAGUAUUGCUGAAUUCGCUUACAAGGAAAAGCCAGAGACUUUGGUUUUAUUCGAUGUUGACGGUACUUUAACCCCAGCCAGACUGACUGUUUCCGAAGAAGUUAGAAACACUUUGAUCAAGUUGAGAAAUAAGUGCUGUAUCGGGUUUGUUGGUGGUUCCGAUUUGAGCAAGCAAUUAGAACAAUUGGGUCCAAACGUCUUGAACGAUUUUGACUACUCUUUCUCUGAAAAUGGUUUAACCGCCUACAGAUUGGGUAAGGAACUGGCUUCCCAAUCUUUCAUCAACUGGCUCGGUGAAGAAAAAUACAACAAAUUGGCUGUGUUCGUUUUAAGAUACUUGUCGGAAAUUGACUUGCCAAAGAGAAGAGGUACUUUCUUGGAAUUCAGAAAUGGUAUGAUCAACAUUUCCCCAAUCGGUAGAAAUGCUUCCACCGAAGAAAGAAACGAAUUCGAAAGGUACGACAAAGUACACCAAAUUAGAGCUAAAUUCGUUGAAGCUUUGAAAAAGGAAUUCCCAGACUACGGUUUGACUUUCUCCAUUGGUGGCCAAAUCUCCUUUGAUGUCUUCCCAGCUGGUUGGGAUAAGACCUACUGUUUGCAACACGUUGCUAAGGAUGGUUUCAAAGAAAUACAUUUCUUUGGUGACAAGACCAUGGUUGGUGGUAACGAUUACGAAAUCUUUGCUGACGAAAGAACCAUCGGACAUUCAGUUCAAUCUCCAGAUGACACCGUCAGAAUUUUAACUGAAAUAUUCGACUUAUAA